CAAAAACACGGCCACACGAUGCCAGGCAGCAGGCGUAUAUAAAAUGGAAAAUAUUGAUGUGCCUGAUAGAUUUGUCCAGCAUGGCAGCCAACAACAAUAGCAAUAUGCACAACCUGGUCGCGGGAACGGGAGCGGGGGCCAUGCCGUCUUCGGUCAUUGCAUCGACGGGAACGCCCGGUAUGGGCUCCUCACCGGUCCCCUUGGCCAGCACAUCUGCCUCUUCCUCAUCCGCCAGCGCCGCAGCGCAGAGUGCCUGGGAUCAGCUGACAGCGAGUGCCUCAAAUAACAUAGCGCCCUCGCCAACAGCAGGAGCGCCUACGGUCACCGGACCGAUAAUCGGGGAUUCGUUGCAGGGCAGUGGAGCGGGCAGCUCGCCGGUGCCUAGUUGCUCCUCCCCAUCGACGCCGACGAAAACACACGCUCCAUCUCCUUUGGAGAGCAUGGCACACACGCCCCAAGGGCCUCCGACUCUGGGGCCCGGCGGUUACGGCGAGGAGCUCACCGCUGAGCUGGUAAACCAGGGCUGGCGUAAGUUCUGGUCGAAACGGGAAAACAGGCCAUACUACUGGAACAAGGUGACUGGCGAAUCGCUAUGGGAGAUGCCCGGGAACAGGCCAUUCGAUCCGCUCACCGAUCCGCUGGGCAUCUGUCAUGCCGGCGGGGCCACACCCAUGACCCCAAACAUGCAUCAGCAACACCAGCACCAGCAGCAGCAACAACAGCAACACCAUCACCAUCAUCACCAUCACCUGAAGCGCCGGCCGUCGGACGAUAUGCACAUCCAUCCUAAUCAACAGCACCAUGUGGGCGGCGGGCCGCCGAUGAAGAAAUUCGUACUGGCCGGACCCUGGGACCUGGAGGUGUGCACGAAUGCCGUGAUUGUCGAACGUCCACCAACCCUGCUGCCGCAGCCACACCCGGAGGUGGAGGCCCUAAGGGCGGCCUUUAGCAUGAAGUUACUAAAGACCUACGAGGAUCUGUGCAUGCGGCGAGAGAAUAUAAAGGCGCCGCGUGACUCAUUCAAUCGUUGGCUGAUGGAACGUAAGGUUAUUGAUACCGGCUGCGAUCCGCUACUGCCCAGCAGCUGUCUACCCGAGAUCUCCAGCUCCAUGUACCGCGAGAUCAUGUCCGAUAUACCGAUCAAGAUUGUGAAGCCCAAGUUUACGGGGGAUGCAAGAAAGCAGCUCUCUCGUUACGCUGAAGCAGCUAAGCAGAUUAUCGAAUCCCGCUCGGCACCGGCUGAAUCCAAGAAGGUGGUCAAAUGGAAUGUGGAGGACACUUUUCAGUGGCUAAGACGUACCGUGGGAGCCAGCUACGAGGAUUUCCAGGACCGAUUGGCUCAUUUGAAGCGGCAAUGUGAGCCUCAUUUGGUGGAAACGGUGAAGAGUUCCGUUGAGACAUUGUGCGUCAAGAUCUAUCAUCUAUCGGCGGAUCACGCUAGGAAGAUCAGGGAGCGACAUUUGCAGCUGCUUAAGGAGCAUGGAAUACCGGAACCAACGCCUCCGCCGCCACCGCCGCACUUGAAAAAGGUGUGGUGCUAUCCCAUACAGUUUGCCGUCCCAUCGCCACGGAUGCCGGCUAUCGAGUAUUUACAGGAUCGCGACCACAUGAUCAUCAAGUAUACGCCCGCCACGAUCAACCAGCCGGAUGCGCAGUACAUCAACCUGACCUAUCUGCAGAAGCUGGAGCAAUUGUACCGCCACAACUGUUUCGACGAAAAGUUCGAUUUGUUCAUCGGUCGGGUAUGGUGCCUCCUCAAGCGGUAUCAGACCUUUCUUGGCAGCCUAAACUCCUCCCAGGAGGCGGAAAUGACACAGGCAGCCCUUCCAGUUCCCGUUUUUGAGUGCCUGCAUCGGCAUUUCGGUGUCAGUUUCGAGUGCUUUGCUUCACCAUUUAAUUCCUAUUUUCGCCAGUACUGUUCGGCGUUUGCCGACACGGAUGCCUACUUUGGUUCCAGGGGGCCCUUCCUGGACUUCAAGCCCGUUUCUGGGUCCUUCCAGGUGAAUCCGCCGCAUUGCGAGGAGUUGAUUGAGGCCUCCUUGCUACACAUCGAUAAACUGCUCACCGAUACCAUGGAACCCUUAAGCUUUAUUGUAUUUCUGCCGGAGUGGAAGAGCAUAUCCAAGCUGGACGAUAGCAUGUACAAGCGUCGUUCCAUGGUGGUCCUGGGUAUGGCUCAUGAAUACAGACAUGGUUACCAGCACAUGAUGCAAAAAUCCGAAGUGCUGAUCAAGUGCAUGCAGGGCACCCAGGUUGUGUGGCUUCAAAACAGUGCCGGUUAUGCGCGGUGGGGUCCUAACGAGAUACGCGUGGAGGCUCUGCGUGAGGCGUUCCGGCCCCAGCGCGAUAGAGAGCGUGAACGUGCCGCGGUGGCAGCAGCCGCCGCAGGAGUAAAUCCCAGCCAGCAGCAAUUGCAGCCAACGGCUACCACGCCGCCAUCCGCCGCAUCAUCGGUGGCCACAAUAACAACCACCUCCAGUACGAACAGCAACAGCUCUUCCGCAGCUAUUACAACGAGCAGUCCCAUACCAGGCUCUACUUCAUCCACGCUGUCGCCUCUGUCUCCGCACACGCCCACCAGUAAUCCGCCGCCCCAGUUCCCGUUGACCAUUAGCAAUACGAGCAGCAGCAGCAAUUUGGUGGCCGCCUCGCCCACAAUGAGCGUGCAAAGCGACUGCUCCUCACCUUCGUCCUCGACCAUGUCCCUAUCGCCGGCUCCAGCUUCAGGUGGUUAUCCGGAUGGAGGGACAUCGGCCACAUCGGCGGCGGUGAGCAUUACGGCCACUGCGAGCACAUCAUCGGCUGCCGGUUCAGCCGGAUCAGCUUUUGGCCAGGCCAAUAGCAUUAGUAGUUCCGCCUCAACGCAGGCGGUCAUCAAUUCAGCCGUCUAGAGGGGAUAUCGUUACCCUAGGGAUCCUUCUGCAAUCCAUUCAUCGUGGUUCUAUUUUUCGAACGCAAUCUGUGCACCACUACCACACAUUGUGUUAUCUUCUGUUAGCCUAAAUUAGAUAUAUAUACGAGGAUGAAGCCAGCCGAUAUGGGGGUCAAUGUCUAACAACAGCGGCAAAUGAAUGUUUCCAUAUAUCUUAAAAUGAAGAAGGAAACAAAGUUUAAGAAUGCUGAGACAACGCAAUAUCUUUUUUAAAAUUGGUUUACUUUAUAUAUUUUUUUAACUUGCAUUUUUUAUAUCUUGUUAUGCUUUACUUUUUGUUACAAAAAUUAGCCUUUAUUAAUUAUACACUUCUGAAGCUUAGGAUAUUCAAAUUUUUGUUAAAUAAUUGAAAGGAAAAUAGUGCAAUUACAUUCAUUCCGAAAUCUUUACAAUAUCUUGUUAUAUAUUUUCUUUUACUCAAAGAUCUUGUUUUCAAGUCUACACUUUGCUGCUGGUAUAUGUAUUGCCCCCAAUCGCAAUGUUAAAAUAAUUGUAAAUAUGUUAUAUUUAAGUUGAAAUAGAUGAUAAAUCCCGGCCAGGCCGCUGUAACGACGUGUAUACCCCACAAAAAACACGAAGGGCCAAUCAAACACCCAGCCAAAAACUCAUCAAUAUGAUGCAUACUUAGUAUGGGCAAAGACUUAUAAUAAUAAGGUGCAUAAACUAAUACAUUUGAAUUGCAAUAUGGAAGCAAAAGAAAGUAUGUUAUUUAUCUUGUUAUAAUAAGGUCUUUUGCAUGGGUUUGGGUAUGGUUCCCCUAUGUUUUCUAUUCUUGUUUUCCACUUGCUAAACAGAAAAUAUGCAAAACAUGCAAACCUAUAAUAAAAACCACACAUUUUUCAAACGAACUCUGAAUAAUGAAGCCCUUAACAAUCUUUUGUGAGACUAUUAACUUACUAGGAUAUAUAUAAUAUAUAUAUGUAAUAUUUACUUUAAACAAAUUACGGCAAUUAUUUGAUUACUAUCGUAAAUUAUCGUAUGUACAAAAUCGAUAAACAACUAACGUAAGUAGUGAAGCAAAUUCAAAUAAAAACGAUGAAAGCGAAAUACGGAAAGCGCAGAGAACCAAAUUUGUAUUUACAAAAAAAAAAAAACAAACAACAAA